GCAGACAGAGGUUGUAAACAUGGCGGCGGACGGGAUGGUGCUCACCAACCACGACCAUCAGACCCGAGUGGGGAUUCUGACGGUGAGUGACAGCUGCUUCAGGAACCUGGCUGAGGACCGGAGUGGAGUCAACCUGAAGGACCUGGUCCAUGAUCCCUCACUGCUGGGAGGAGUCAUAGCAGCCUACAAGAUCGUUCCGGAUGAGAUUGAUGAAAUCAAGGACACUCUUCUGGAGUGGUGCGAUGAGCAGCAGCUGAACCUCAUCCUCACCACUGGAGGAACUGGCUUUGCACCUCGAGAUGUCACACCUGAGGCCACCAGAGAGGUGAUAGAGCGUGAGGCUCCGGGGAUGGCCCUGGCCAUGCUGAUGGGGUCACUCAACGUAACUCCACUAGGCAUGCUGUCCAGGCCCGUGUGUGGUAUCCGUGGUAAAACUCUGAUCAUCAACCUGCCGGGGAGCAAGAAGGGCUCUCAGGAGUGUUUCCAGUUUAUCCUGCCCGCUUUGCCACAUGCCAUCGACCUGCUGCGUGAAGCCGUCGUCCGGGUGAAAUCCACACAUGCCGCCUUGGAGCAGCUGCCCUCCCCCUCCCCUCUGCUGCCCAACACACACAUCGACACACACUCCAACAUGCACACCAUGGAGCGUGGUACCCAGUGUGAGGACGAGGAGGACGAGGAGGAGGACAUGAGGAGAGGGCGGCACGUGCACAACCACCACCACCACCACCACCAGCACGGCUCCUCCCACAUCACCGCAGCUGCUAUCGCUGCCAAGACGAGCCAUGCUGUGGUCAUGGCUAAGGGGGCUCCCUACCUGCCCGGCAACACACCUGCCCCGCCCACUCAUUUCACCUGCUCCUGUUCCCAUGACCAGCAGAUCCCGGACUCUAUCAUUUCUCGAGGCGUUCAGGUGCUUCCUCGAGAUUCAGCCUCUCUAAGCUCUACCCCUUCUGAGUCACCGCGGGCAACACAGGCGACCUCCCGCCUUUCCACCGCCUCAUGCCCAACACCCAAGGUUCAGUCACGAUGUGGCAGUAACGAGAACAUUCUGAGGGCCAGCCACAGUGCAGUGGACAUCAGUAAAGUGGCACGUCGUCAUCGCAUGUCUCCGUUCCCAUUGACGUCAAUGGACAAAGCCUUCAUCACUGUUCUAGAGAUGACACCUAUUCUGGGAAUUGAAGUCAUUAACUACAGAGACGGUUUGGGUCGAGUGCUCGCUCAGGACAUCUAUGCCAAAGACAACCUUCCUCCAUUCCCGGCUUCCGUUAAAGAUGGCUAUGCUGUACGAGCCGCGGACGGCCCGGGAGAUCGCUUCAUCAUGGGAGAAUCACAGGCUGGACAGCAGCCCACCCACACAGUUAUGCCAGGUCAGGUGAUGAGGGUGACGACCGGGGCUCCGAUACCUUGUGGUGCUGAUGCUGUGGUCCAGGUAGAAGACACAGAGCUUCUGAGGGAGUCUGAGGAUGGCACAGAGGAGCUGGAGGUGAGGAUUAUGGUCCAGGCUCGACCCGGACAAGACAUCAGGCCAAUAGGUCAUGACAUCAGGCGAGGGGAGUGUGUGUUGGCUAAAGGAACACAUAUGGGCCCGUCAGAGAUCGGCCUGCUGGCUACAGUGGGGGUGACGGAGGUCAGCGUGCACAAGUUCCCUGUGGUGGCUGUCAUGUCCACUGGAAAUGAGCUGUUGAAUCCAGAGGAUGACCUCCACCCAGGGAAAAUCAGAGACUCCAACCGCUCAACUCUGCUGUCCACCAUCCAGGAACAUGGAUAUCCUACCAUCAACCUGGGCAUUGUUGGAGACAACCCUGAUGACUUGCUGUCGGCUCUCCAUGAGGGAAUCAGUCGUGCCGAUGUCAUCAUCACCUCAGGGGGUGUGUCCAUGGGAGAGAAGGACUACCUAAAGCAGGUGCUGGAUAUUGAUCUUCAUGCUCAGAUCCACUUUGGACGAGUCUUUAUGAAGCCAGGUCUUCCUACUACCUUUGCCACAGCGGACAUUGAUGGAGCACGGAAACUCAUCUUUGCUCUGCCAGGUAACCCAGUGUCUGCAGUGGUGACAUGUAACCUGUUUGUGAUUCCUGCUCUGAGGAAGAUGCAAGGCAUUCUGGAUCCUAGACCGACAAUUAUUAAAGCUAGGGUAAUGUGCACACACACACACACACACACACAAAAGGCAUGCCUGGCACAGAGCACAGGCAACCAAGUAUCCAGCAGGCUAAUGUCCAUGCGUAGCGCCAACGGUCUGCUGAUGUUGCCUCCCAAAACAGAGCAGUAUGUGGAGCUGCGUAAGGGAGAGGUCGUCGACGUCAUGGUCAUCGGACGGCUAUGAUGCAGACUUCCAUGUCACUCGCUACCGAUUAUCAUGGCAGUGCCAGGACUUCCUGUCAGGACAGGAAACGGGCGGGGGCAGGAAGUGAUGCAUGUCUACCUGGUCGCCAUUAGCUGUGAUGUCAUAUGCAACAGCCAAUCGGAGCCAGCGGAGGCUGAAACCUCAUUGGUCUGCUCUGAGGAGAUCACUGUUCAAUGGAGAAAAAAAAAUGUGAAAAAAAAUAUAUAUAAAAUACGAGAUUUAUUCUGUAAUAUUAUUAUCCUGAUGAUAAUGAUUAUUAAUAUUGUUAAUUAAUAUUCUAUUUAUUAUUAUUAUUAUUAUUUUUAUUAUUAUUAUUAUCAUGGUUCUGAUUGAAUAUUAUCAUCUUAGUAGUAAUCAUGCCCUCUUCUCUCCUGUUCAUUUGCUUUGUGCGUUGGAUAUUUUUCCCUCGUAGAUAUAGAGACGUAGAGACUCCUUCCUCCACCUCCUUCUUUUCCUUUUCUCUCACCCUUCUUUCUCUUCUUUUCUCUGACAUCAUAUAGAAACCCCCUCCCUGCAGUAUCACUACGCCUCCCCCUGACCCUAACCUACAGUAUUGACAGAAAUAUGAGCGUAUAAAGACAUAUUUUUUUGAAGCUGCUGAUAUAGUUUGUGCCAGUACAGUAUAUAUAACAUUCUUUUUGCCAAAAAAAUACAAGGAUAACUUGUUUUUGUGUUUAUUUUAAGCAUACUGAGACAUUAAAUCUCCUCAUGACUCACAGAAAGGAUAAAAAAUAAAAAUGACAUCACUGAUCUUAGGUCAGGUGAGCCGCAUACAGUAUACAGUAUUAGUCUAACCUUACCACUCGUGGUGUUUGAUUUACACAAAAUCAUAGUUGACAGGACAAAACUGCAAUAUGAAAUAGAACAAUGUUGAUAAAUGUGGUUUUUGCAGCUCUACAACUAUUAGAGGAUAUUUUUGUGAAAUUCAGUUUUUCGUAUUUUCAACAAAUCAUUAAAAAAAGACCACAACCAAUUUUGUAUUCUAUUUCUCUUAACAGAAUCUGAAUACUUAAAAAAAAAACAUAAUUUUAUUUGAAAUAUAACCUGUUAAUUAAUAUGAUUUGUUUUCUAGUCAUUAUGCUCAGCUAAGCUAACCAGCUGCUGGCUUUAACUUUGUAUUAAUUAACACAGAUGAGAGAGGAACGCUUCAUAUUUUAAAUUCAUCUUUUUAUUUCACUUUGGAAAGCGUAUUUACCUAAAUGUAAAACAAAUUCUUUAAAACAGGACAGAAUAGUGAAUUUUUAAAUGUAUUUCUUUGCAAUUUCCUAAAUCAGCUGGGCACUUUAAUAAAAUAUAAUAAUAGUAAUAUGUUAUAUUUAUACAGUGCUAUUUAAGGUGCUCUGAGACACUUUUAACAUACAGGUCAAAAUUCAUAAAGCAAACAAAAAACAAUUGUUGUAUGUAAAUUACCAUAAUAAUAAAUUACAUGCAGCUUUUGAAUUUUUGCAAACAUGACAUUAUUGGGGACAUUUUUGCCACGGAGAACUGUGUGAUUGAGUCAAAAUAUGACAUGGACCAAGUGUUCAAGGUAAAAAAAAAAAAAGACCACUAGUUCAAAAGUGUGACUGUCGGAGUUCGAUGGCAGCAAGAUAGAUAUUAUGGGUUUGAUACACACAUGAUACAUUACCAUAGACUUCAUUCAUAACUGGUUUGGAUCUUUUCAUGUGAUUUGUUGACUAUAAGAAAAAAUAUGUCCUUUAAGUAGCCAAAGAUGAAUUAGUAUGUGACAGUUAGUCUCAAAGGCUGGCUUCUGUUUGGGCCAAUCAGCCGCCUCCAUCUUUUUCAAACCACAACAACAUGAACGAAAGAGCUGCUUAAGUGAGUUGUGACAUACCUGUUUUCCCAACUCAAAAAACUCCAUCCCGACAUCAGCUGAAAGCAGGGUGUCGCGUUCAGGUGCUCGGAAACUACACAACUGGUGUUUUUCCUACCACAACCAUGUCAAGGUGCUUGUUAAAGUCAAAAGAAUCAACACAGUUUAACGCUGUCUCUCGAUGUACUGUACAUAGUCUGAGCAUCACCGAGAAAUAAAGGAAACAUGUUUGAUAUUUAGCCCACAAUCAAAGUUUACUAUUAGCAUUAGCCAGUUAGCUGCUGUAUCCUGCUGAUCAACACUUCAAUGGUUUACCAAUUAACAAGGACCGUUCAAAUGCAUCAUAUGCAAACUGUGAGUCCCAAGCAUUCACCUAUGCACCAUACCUUAACUCCUCUAGCCCCCCUGAUUCUUCCUAUCAGUGCCACACAAACACACAAGGUCAAAGGUCAAAUGCUGGAUUCAGGUCAUGUUGGAAUAACGGUACAAAAUGAUGGUACUUCUUUGAAUUUAAUGGUACUUAAAGAAACCAAGAAUGCGGGGAAAUAUUCAAAAAAUAUCAGAUCCUAUGUCUUUCCUGAACACCUUUUUUUAUAUUUCAUUAAGUAAAGGAAAAGACAAUGGCCUUCAGAGUGGGGAAACUAAAAAAAGUCUGUACAUGAACUACCAAAAGCGCAUCUAGAUACCUCAUCCCUUGCAUUUUUUCAAAAAUAAUGACAAGCAGGCAUUAUAAACGCAGAUGACGAGACUUCAUUAACACGUUUAAACUAAAAUAAAAAAAGGAAAGUAAAAGUAGAUCCAGUAGUUACUCCUAUUAACAACCUCCUGUCAACUCAUGUUAAUCCACAUGAAUCCCUAACCUAAGCGUAAAGAUAUAUUUAAGGAAGCAUUGAAUCUCCUUUCCUAUCAUGUAGAGAAUUCAAACAGCUCUUAUCAUGGCCCAAGAGAAAAAGUCUAAUGAACCGCAACCCAAGAUGUUUUCCUAGAUGCUUCUGAUGAUCUCCCAAAAGAUAUGACGUCAACAUCAGAAGCUUCUAUAUUUCCUGUGUGACCUGAAUGCAGCACCAGAGACAACUCCUGAGCUUUGACCCCUCUCUCCUGAUAGGCUAAUGCAGUCUUCCUCCACCCCUCCCCUCUCUCCUUCCUCACCUCUCAUCUUCCUUUUUUUCUUCCCUAAUUCUCUCACUUGCAUGCCAAUAAAAUGGGGCGUGUCCUUUUUUCUUUGGGCAGGUGUCAUUUCAGGCUUGAGACGAGGGUGCAGCACCUGGGCACGACUUCUGAUCUGACUAAAUGUUAGUUAUUUAUGCGAUAAGUGGUGCGGGAAAAAAAAGAAAUCAAAGUCCAGACUCUGGUAUCACACUGUCUUCUCAUUUAUUCCUCUAGCUCAGAUAUCAGAAACUUCCCAGUUACCUCAAAUGCACCAUGUAUCUAUCAGUGGCUCAUGCUGGGUUCAUGUCGUAUAGGAAAAAGCGGGAGAACAGGGUGACUUAUUUUUGCAAAUUCAUUCAGUGGUGGACCACAUCCAAAAUAAAUAAAAGAAGUAUUCAAUUGACAAGAUUAUGUUUUUUCUGCAGCUGAAAUUUACGAUAAGCCCAUUAUUACACGAACGCAGCAUCAGAGCACGUCCUGGCACCUGCCCAAGGAGGACUAAUUGAACCCAGAUAGAUUCAUUUGAGUAAGAAGAAGCAGGUUUUUGUUAAACUGCCUUUGUACUGAGUGAUUCGUAACACUGGACUGAACUCAGUGUCACACUGCACACACUAUAAACUAUGACCAGCACUUGUAAUGAAGCAAUGACACAGCAUUCUACUACUACUGUAUAAAAAUUAUGAAGAGGAUGUUUUUUUCUGUAAUGAUAUUAUUGAAACUGAAGAUGAAUUAAUAAAAAUAAUCCUGAUUAUUCUGUA